AUGCGGCUCGCCGCGCUGCUACAUGUGCUCCUGCCGGCGCGCGUCAUCGCCUUUGCCACCCUGCGGCCGGCUCACGCGCCGUCGCCCGCCUGCCGCCCACGGCCACGCUCGCUGCCGCUCUGCUGGACGGGUGAGACGUCGGCGACGAUCGAGAUUGCGGGUGUGCCGGUCUCGCGGCUGUACGAGUCCUAUGCCGACCUGCGCCGGAUGACGGAGUGGUCGCCGCUCUUGGACAGCGUCUCGGUCGACCCGGACCGGCCGUCACGCUCGGUGUGGGUGAUGACGGUGCCUCGGGCGCUCAAGGUGCCGGCGCGGCUGCUGGGAUACACGACGACGCUGAGUUGGCAGGCGGAGCUCGCCGCGCCCCGCCCGCCGCUCAUGACGUGGACCUCCGUCCUCGACGAGCAGGGCAAGCUCGAGGGCAUCCCGAACGCGGGAUUCGUGCCUUCGGGCGCGAUAGAGGUGGUCGAGAGCAGGCCGGGUGUCGCGGCGAUGACGCUCACGCUGCGGUAUGCGCUGCCCGACCCGGCGGCGGGGUGGCAGGUCGCGCUCAUCCAGUCGGCGCCUGUGCAGUUUGUCCUCUCGUCGCGUAUCGAGGCGGGACUCCGGCGCUUUUCGAGGGCGAUGAGGCGCGAGUGGGAGGAAGAGCAGGCAGCGCACCGGGCAGCGGACCGGGCAUCGGGGCGGCACGAGGAGGCGGGCGUACACUCCGAGGACGGCCACACUGAGGGGCGGCAACCAUCCACUGACCUGCCGCAGCCAUCCGGGACUGUCCUCUGA